UAAACACAAAAAAUCAAAUCAACGAAAGUUGUUUGGUAAUUUCUCGUAAGACAUGUAUAUUCUCCUCUUUGGACUUUUCCAUUCAUUGUAUGUUCAAAUUUACUUCCUUCAAUUUCAAAGUCGUUGUCACUUCAACAAUAAGAAAAAUCAAAAUUCAUCUCAUCAACUACAGUUUUCGUGAUCUAAAUCACAAAUAAAACUCUGGGUUUUUUUUCUCUUUUAUUGGUGAUAAGCAAUGAAGGGAUCUUUUCGCAACUUCGUUGUUUUAGGCUGGAUGUUUCUCCCAUGGCUUGUUCUGUCAGCUGUAACCGAAGAUGAUAUGAAGUGCCUUGAAGGAGUCAAGAAUUCACUCAAGGACCCAGAUGGGAAAUUGAGCGGUUGGCGUUUCGACAACAAUUCAGUUGGACAGUUGCCUCAAUCCUUGGAGUACUGUCAGAGUUUGCAGACUUUGGAUCUGUCGGCUAACAAGCUUUCUGGUAAUAUCCCUUCUCAGAUAUGUUCUUGGUUGCCUUAUUUAGUAACCCUUGAUUUGUCUAGCAACUAUCUGUCAGGUCCCAUCCCUUCUGAAUUAUCAAAGUGUGCUUAUUUGAACAAUUUGAUACUGUCAAAUAAUAGACUUUCAGGGCCAAUUCCAUACCAAUUAUCUGGUUUAGAUCGGCUGAAGAAUUUUGCAGUAGAAAACAAUGAUCUUUCUGGUGCUAUUCCGUCAGCUUUUGAGAGCCAUGAUAAGGCAGAUUUUGCUGGGAAUAGUGGUCUUUGUGGGAGUCCUCUUGGAAACUGUGGGGGUUUGAGUAGGAGGAAUUUAGCCAUUAUAAUUGCAGCCGGGGUUUUAGGUGCUGCAGUGUCAAUGUUGUUUGGGUUUGGGGUCUGGUGGUGGCACCAUUUGAGAUGGGUGAGCCUGAGGAAAAAAGGGUUUGUUGGUGGCAGUGGUUGGGCUGAGAGGUUGAGGGCUCAUAAAUUGACUCAAGUUUCAUUGUUUCAGAAACCACUUGUGAAAGUUAAGUUGGCUGAUUUAAUGGCUGCCACAAACAACUUCAGUGCCGAAAGCAUCAUAGUUUCCACUAGGAGUGGAACUACUUAUAAAGCAGUGCUUCCUGAUGGAUCAGCCCUUGCAAUCAAGAGGCUCACAAGUUGUAGGAUCCUCGAGAAGCAGUUCCGUUGGGAGAUGAACCGAUUAGGCCAGCUUAGGCAUCCGAAUUUGGCACCUCUUUUGGGAUUUUCUAUUGUAGAGGAUGAAAAGCUGUUAGUUUAUAAGCAUAUGUCUAAUGGGACUCUAUAUUCCUUGCUACAUGGUAGUGUUGCAGUUGUAGAUUGGCCAACUCGGUUUCGCAUCGGUUUGGGUGCAGCCAGGGGUCUUGCUUGGCUGCACCAUGGGUGCAGGCCUCCAUUUCUGCAGCAGAACAUCAGCUCCAUUGUGAUUCUUCUCGACGAGGACUUGGAUGCCAGGAUAAUGGACUUUGGAUUGGCAGGGUUUAUGAAUAACUCGGAUGUUAAUGAGACUAGCUUUAUGGAAGGAGCUUUAGGUGAAUUAGGCUAUAUAGCUCCAGAGUACUCAACCACAACGGUAGCUUCGCUUAAAGGUGAUGUGUUCGGACUCGGAGUGGUGCUUCUCGAAUUGGUAACGAGGCAAAAACCCCUGGAAGUUAAUGCAGGUGGUGAAGAAGGAUUCAAAGGCAACUUGGUGGAUUGGAUAAAUCAUCUCUCGGACUCCGGUAGAAUCAAAGACGCUACCGACAGCAAUCUGCGCGGGAAGGGGCACGAUGAGGAAAUGUUGCAGUUCCUCACAAUAGCAUUAAACUGUGUCAAUCCUCGGUCAAAGGACAGAUGGUCGAUGUACCAGGUUUACGAGUCACUGAAAAACAUGGGUGAAGAAAACGGUUCCUCAGAAGAGUUUGAUGAUUUCCCACUGAUUUUUAUUGAAUCAAUGUAGCCUUGGGCAUGUCUGCAGAAUGGUAAUGCAGACAAAUAUAGUUUAUAGUUGUAUAAUGCAAAAAUAAACUUGUUAAGGUUCUUGUAUCUUCAAGAAAUCUUCUUUCAUCCUUGUUUUGCAGUGAAACUUGAUACGGGUUAAAGUAUAGAAAAAGUUUAUAUUUCUUGAUGUAUUUUCAAAAAAAAAGGUUUUAUUCA